UCGGCGCCAUGGCGGGCGCCGGCAGGAAGAAGCAGGUUCGCUUCGCCCGGCCGGAGGCGGAGGACACGCGGCGGGGCGGUGAGGGGCCGGCGGCGGAGCAGAGUCUCCUCCCGGAGCCCGCGCCGCGGCCUGAGGUGAUCGUAGCCGGCGGCGGCAGGAGCCGGGCCGGGGAGGGAGCGACGCCGCUGCUGCGAUGGUGCAUCUCCGGGGUGCUGUGCUCGGCCUUCCUGGGCCUGGGUAUGAGUAUUGCUGUCCUGGGACCUACAUUUCAAGAUUUGGCUGCAAAUGUGAAUAAAAAUGUCAGUGAUAUUUACUACAUUUUCAUGGGUCGUUCUCUGGGUUACUUUGGUGGUUCAGUGAUUGGAGGGAUUAUCUUCGACUGCAUGAACCCUCAUCUCCUCUUGGGGUUAACCAUGCUGGGAACAGCAGUUGGUCUUUAUGCCAUACCAUGGUGUAAGAGAGCGCUAUUGUUAACUGCCCUGAUGUCAGUCAUUGGGACUUCCGUGGGUGUUCUAGACACAGGUGGAAAUGUCCUUGCAUUGAAUAUAUGGGGAGCAGAGGCUGGACCACAUAUGCAGGCCUUACACUUCAGUUUUGCACUGGGUGCUGUUGUGGCCCCAGUUCUGACAAAAAUGGCAUUGAGCAGCUUCAUAUCUCCUAAUGUCCAAACAGAAGAUGAAAAGACAAACCACUCUGUUCCGAGUGAUAUACCUAACGCACUGUUUGGAUCAGCACUGAAACUGCAUUCUAAUGUGAGCUUUAUGUGGUCCUACAUUGUCAUAGGGACCUAUAUUUUGAUAGUUUCUUUGUUGUUUGUUGUUCUGUAUUCAAGGACCGGCUUAGCACGAGAUAAAGCAAAAUCUUCUCUGCAGAAAUGUCAAAUUGCCAAAUACCACUAUGCCCUUCUCAUUCUCCUUUUCCUUUUCUUCUUUUGCUAUGUAGGAGCAGAGGUCACCUAUGGCUCUUACAUUUUCAAUUAUGCAGAGGUUUAUGCAGACAUGAAAGAAAGUGAAGCAGCUAGUUUGAACUCCCUUUUUUGGGGAGCAUUUGCAGCUUGCAGAGGACUGGCAAUCUGUUUUGCUACCUGUUUAUACCCUGGUACUAUGAUUCUGCUGAGUGUCAUAGGUUCCACUGUCUCUUCUUUGUUCCUGGCACUGUUGAGUAAGCAUCCAAUUUCGCUCUGGAUUGGGACAGCAGUCUAUGGUGCGUCAAUGGCUACUGUCUUUCCCAGUGGCAUUUCCUGGAUUGAACAGUACACCACCAUACAAGGAAAGUCUGCUUCUCUCUUCGUAGUUGGUGCUGCCUUGGGGGAGAUGUGCAUUCCAGCAGUGGUUGGGUUUCUUGAAGGAAAACUUCACAAUGUCCCUGUGAUGAUGUAUGCUGCAUUGGGAACAUCUGUAAUGACAGCAGUACUAUUUCCUGUGAUGUAUAAAUUAGCCACUUCUCCCAGUGAGAGUAAGUUAAAAGAUGGUGGUGGGAGCGAGGACCAAAAAGCUUUGUUGUCCAACUUUGAACUUAAUGAAGAUGAGGAAGAUGAAGAGGAUGCAGGAGAAUGGAAUGAAGCAGACUUUGAAGUAAUUGAAAUGAAUGAUACAGUGAGAAACUCUGUGGUAGAGACAUGUCAAAAGAUCCCAGGGGAGUCCCCAGCUAAAGCGUCCACGCAGCCACCUUCAAACAUAUUUAGUUCUUCUCCAGUGAUUGCUCUUAGCUCCCCUGGGAGAAAGCAGUCCAGCAGAGACAGAGAGAAGAAUGAUUAAAGUAAAAUCUAGGCUGCUUACUUGAAAUGACUGCCUGGCUUCUGUAAGCCAGAGUACUGAGUGCAAUCCAAGUUCUGAAAGGUACCAGAAGGUGACCUAUAACUGCUUUUGUGCAAGUUGGACUGGUGCCCUCUGCUUUUUACUCUGUUAACAUUGUAAUGUUUCAGAUACUUUGAGAUGAUGUAUUUGGACGCUGCCUUAAGAGAAGGUCCAUGUUUUGCACAGAUGAAGUACAGUGGAGUGUUUCAUGUAAUAUUUAUCAACAUCUUGGGGGUGUGUGUAAGAUUGGAAAUACCAUGCUGGGGCAGGGAGAAAACACUGAGUGCUAGCAAAUAAAUAAAUCACCAUAGUGCCAAGAACAGACACACAUAGAAAGUGUUGCUUAGAAUUAAUUUGGAGCUUUCCAUUUAAUGCAGUCCAUCUAUUUGAAAACCCAGAUUUUGAAGGCAGCUUUUUCUGGGCUGCAUGACCAAAACUUGCUGUUUGUAUUGUUUUUUGGAUAGUUAAGACUUUUGCUGGUAAUUUACUUUUGUAGUAAGGGUGGCAGUUUUGUUUAUUUACAUUUGGAGCAUUUCUGUUAUGUGGUAUAGGAUCUUUCUUUAGAAGUUUGGGUUUAUGACUGACUGCUUCGCCUCUUCUUCCCCCCCCCCCCCAAAAAAAAAAACAAAAACAAAAACAAAAACAAACAAAUUUUGCUUUCCUCUGAAAUCUGAGGGGAAGAAAUAGAGCCAUCCUGGAAAACUUUUGCAGUUUAUGGUGAGUGACAAUGAAAUCUUGAAGACAUUUCCCCCUCCCCACUACACCAUAAUGUUAGUGUAAAUGCCAGUGUAGUGCCUGUUUUCCUGCAAAAGAGGGGAGCAAGAUAACAUAAUUGGAUACUGACAGAAGACACAUUUUAAUAAUGAACUGGUUCUGCACCUUGAGUUGUCUAUUCAGAAGGGUAUAUUUUACCUACCUGGGUCUAUGAUUAAACAUUGGUAGGUAAUCCAACUAGUUUUUUAUUUUUUAUCUUCAUAGCUUCUGUUGUAGUAUCACACCUGCUAUAUCAGUGCAUUGCUAAACUUGGAUUAUGCUGUUUCAGUUGCUGCAUGAAAGCUCUCUCCUUCCCUUACUUAACAGUGUAAUGCUUGUAAAUAUUUAAGGACCAUAUUCUACCCUUGGAUGCAUAUGGCUGCCCAUAAAGUCAAUGGAAGCAGCUCUGCAUAUGCAUUUACAGUACUAGAGUUUGACCUGCAGAUCAGUAUAGAAAAUAACGGCUGAACUGCAAUGGUGGAGAUCUUGGCUUAAAUAAGGAAGUCUAGGGUAAGCUUUUGUGUCACGUUCUGAAAAUGCUAUUGCAAUUCUGCACUAAUAAAGUGCGUACUAUUUAAUACUAUUUAUGCAUAAUUGGAAAGCAUGAAUUCUCUGUGCAACAUGGUGUGCAUGGAUGGUAAAAAUUUCACAAAUGACUUUGAAAACAAGCAUAUUAACAAAGGUGAUGAGUCUCUCAUACUUAGUGUUUUUUUCCAGACUUUUUACAAAGGGGUGUAAUAGAUCUAUUGUUGCUGCAGGAUCCUGAACAGAAAUGGUUACAGCGACAGCAAACCUGAUACAGUCAUGCUGUCCACAUAUGUGUGUUGUUUGAAACAAAACAGGCUUGACUACCUUUUAGAGGUGUUUUAGACUUUUUUUUUGUCAAUCAACUUGAUUUUUACUAAAAGUGACACUCAAGCUUUAACUAUUUUAAAGAGGAGCUGUUACUUGACAUAAAAUCUAAACACAUUAUGUUCUAUUUUUGAAUCACCAGUUUCUGUUUUUUUUAUACAUGCUGUUUAGUAUAACCUCUUAAACCCUGAUGAACAUACAUAUUUUGAUAAACCAUUUAAACUGAAUAGGAAUCAGGAAUUUCAUUCCUCUCUCCCAUCAACAUUAGAACAAGCAUGAAACAAAGCAAUAGGGCCAGUGCUGGGAGACUGGAAGGCUAAAUUAACUUUUUUUUUCUUUAAUGCUAAAGGGAGGGAUAAAGUGAGGACGAGGACAGACAAAAAGAAAAAGCAAUUUGUAAUACUGAAGAGGGAGGUAAUGUAAGCAAGGUCCUUCUCAAGCAUAUCUAAUCAGUUUGUAAACUAGUAGUGAAAAUGAAAUCCAAGCUCCAUGGAAACUUGGGCUCCAUAAUCUGAAACUUACUUUAAAUUUAUGAUCAUAGCAGCUUUCUUGACAGUGUAGAGAGAUUACAUAAUGUGGAGGUUUUAUUUCAAGUUCACUGUGUAAAUUUUCUGCAUGAUGCAUGUACCUAAAUAAUACUUUAUAUAUAUUUAUAUCAUAUAAAUAAAUGAUCAGAGGGUUCCCCUGCGAUACAAUACAAGAACGGCAAUGUGUAACACUGAAAUAACUGGGUAGUGUAAAGCUUUUCCUCCGUCACAGGACAAUUGAUGGAAAAGUUGAAACUAAGAAAUGUGAUAUGUGGACAAAAAACCAAAUCUGUAGUGUAGGUCCUCAACUGCUCUAAAUAUCAUGUGGAUAUUUAGAAUCAAGUUAUACAUUUAAAAAUUACUUAGUAAUAAGCUUGUCUGUAAACCAUUCCUAAAAUGUUCCGAUUGGCCGCUAGCACCUAGUGAGAUGUUUUGCAGUAUUUUUAUUGAGUGAUCACCUUCUCUUCAAAUUUGAGCGCUUUAGUUAUUGUUCCAAGAAAAUGUUAACUAAAAUGGGGAUGGUAUGUACUUGCACAACAGCGAGCUUUCCCUCGCUACCCCCUUUUCGACAACUGUAUUUAAAUGUAUAUAGGCAGUUUUUUGUACAUCAGGUGAUGCAUAUUGUUAAAUGUAAAAUAUACUAAAGAAAGACCAGCCAGGAUGUAUGUCAGUUUAGACUGAUUUAAGAAACUGCGGUAAUUAGUGGCAUGCUGCAUUAGAAUAUCACAAGUUUCCUUUGCUGUCAUCUUAAGAGUCAACGACUAUAUGAAAGUUGCAGCCUUGAGUCAGUCACUCUGUUGGGGGAUUUCUAGGCUUUUUGUUAGCUGGAAAACACAAGUUAAUGGUGUUUACUUAAAUUCAAGUAACUGUAGCAUAUUUGAACGUUAAAAGCUUCCUGGUUAAACUGCAGUACCUGGUAAGUGCCUUCUUUGUCAUUCAUUCAGUCAGUAAGUGUUCAAUUAGGACGUUAGUUGUGAAUUUGAUCAAAACCUUAAGAGACAAAGUAUUUUAUACUAGAAACAACCAGUGUUCUUCAUAUUUUUAUUGAUUAAUUUAGCUAUUUGGCAAUACAGUUGUCAUUUUAAGAAACACUCAUUUAUUUAAGUGUCAGUGAUCAUCUUUAAAUAGUACAACAUUCAGUUAUAGGCUUAGAAGAUCUGUGUUAUUCUCAACAAUAACUAACUGAAUUAAUAGCAGUUGCUUAUGUCAUUGAGACUCACCGGUACAGACUGAAGAAAGAGGAAAACAUUAUGAACAUUUGCACAUCAGUUCAAUAAGAUCUGUCCCCUUCCUACAUAAUUAAGGUGGACAGCAGCAGCAAAUUGUCAUCUAUUAGUAUGUUUUCAUUUAGACUGAAGAUUGGCAAUGUCUGUUUAAAAAGAACAGAAUGCAAUACUGUGUUUAAGAUGAAGCAUUUAAAUGUGAAGGUAUUUUUGGUAUUUGCACUUUUAUCCCAUAAAUGAGACGGCACAAAGCUAGUAUUCUCAAGUAGGCAACAGUUCUUGGUGGUUUUUCUGUAAUUUCAGUCUUGCUGUUGCUACUGCUUAUGCAAUGAUCUACACUUCAAUUAAUUCAUUUUUUUCCCCAUACUUUUACCUUUUUGUGUAUGGUGGUUUUUUUGAUUUAAUAGAUUUAGGUUGAAAACUGGUUGAUGUUUACAUGACCAACAGAAGCCUCCCAGUUUUGAAAUUUCCACUCUUUUCCCCUUCUCCUUCCAUUCCCCUCCCCCAGAUUAAUAGAAGAAAAAAUGGUUUAAAGAAAACUAGUUUUUGUUAUUUAGAGACCUCUUUCUCCUGUAUAGGCAGAAACAUGGUAAGUUUCAAACAAAUUUAGUAAUUGUUUAAGAAUACUUUGAGGCCCCCCAAAAUCCAGGGUUGUGUGGUAAUGAAAGGUGUUGGUUAAAAAGGGAGGUGAAAGUAGCAGUAAAAAGAUGAGUUAAGAACUGAGUGCAAUCAGCAUUUAGUGAAAAGACCAACACUGGAGGAGAGGUAAGAGUUAUUAGUGAGAGAGAGAUCUUAGCCAAUCAAACUCUAAAAUUAUCAGUCAUCAAUCAUGAUGCAGAAAUGAGACAAGCUAUGUCAGGUAAUAUCUUUUAUUAGACCAACUUCUCUCUAAUAUCCUGGGACCAGCACGACAACACUGCAUCGAUGAUGCAGGAGUAGACCAUCAGUAAUUGGGAGGGGGGAUGUUAAAUGCAUUUAAAUCAGCACAGCUGAUAACUUGCACCAAAGAGUACUAAAAGAACAGAACUUUGCUGAGAUUGAGUGUGCAUGUGCUCUUAAGAUACUGCAGCCACAGCUAUUUGGAUGAUGCUUUUACUGUCUGUACUGAUCAAAGCUGCUAAGAUGAAGUCUGAUACUCCAACAUAACUGAAGUAAUUCAUAGUCAGUGGGGUUUUCAAGAAAUGUGACAAAAGUGAGAAUUCUUUGUAAUAUUUUUAUGAACUAGCUAUAUGACUUUGUAUCUAUCCACUUUGUGUCACUACCCUGAAGGGGAAAGAAUUCUCUCCCUGGGAGAGGUGUUUGAGACUCCAGCCAGCCCUCAUAGCUGUAUAUCAACACAUUUGAAUGGAAGACCCUACACAGACAGUGAAAACCUCCCGGACUGAAAAUUGACUCCUAUGGCAUGUUGUUUCCUUAGAUGUAGCCAAUGGAUUGAAGAUGGAAAAGGGCUAUGAUAAGAAGGUUCUCAAACACUAUGGACUCUUGCUUAAGCUUACCUUUCUCAUGCUAAUGGAAGGACUCUUCAAUGCUGUACACCAGUUGACUAUUGGAACCUAUCUUAUGUUGAAAUGGCUUCUUGGUGCCACUGCAAAUACUAAGGGAAGUGCAUCAUGCCCUCUGCUGGUAAUCAUGCUCUCAGGACUCUUACUUCAGUCAGACUCGCUGCAGAGAAACAGUGGUUGUUGGAGCCCAAAGGCUCCAUCUCUGAGUUGUGGCCACAGGUCUCCUGUGUGGCUCCCUGGGGUCCAGCAAACUGAAGGGGGGAAUCCUAGGCAACUGUUUAAAGGCUAGGGUAUAGCCCCAGCUCCUGCGAAUCCAUGACAGAGCAGGUGCCAAAACUAUGCAGGUUGUGCCAAAAUUUAAAAAGGGUAAAUGGAAUGCUCUAGGUACCCUAUAGGUCACUCAGCCUGACAUCAGUCUGUGGCACACUCCGUGAUUACUACCUGUGUCCCUUCUGAAUUAAACGUUGGUAGCAUAAUUAAUGGCAGUUAAAAUGGGCUUUAUGGAAAAUAGUCUUGUGGUUUCAUCCAAACAGAGUUUGACAAAUUUGCUUGACAAAGUGAAGGAUAACAUAAUAUACUUGAACUUCUAAGGCAUUUGAUUUAAUCCUACAUCACAUUCAGAUAAAAAAAAAAUAGCACUCUACAAAAAAUCAGUAUAGUCCAUAUCAACUGGGAGGGGGGGAGCACUGCAUGCAUGCCCCAUGUUGGCUAUUUUACAGUCCAAGUGCAGCUUGUGGAGCCCCACGUACCACUGUGGGAGGGUGGGGGAGCAUGGGACCUCUACCUUGCACAAGGGGGGGUGGAGUAAGGACUUUUGCCCAGUAGGGAGGAGGGGCUCAGGGCCACAGGGUGUGCAUGCUGGGGAUUGGCUGAAACCCCAGCAAGUGCCCCCUACAGGCUGAGGCCCUGAGCUCCAGCAGGCAUGCCCUGCCUCUUGAACUUUUAAAGAUUGUUGUAUGUGGCUCAGAUUGUCGGUAAGUUUGGCCACUCCUGAUACAAAGUAAGACAUGGUUAACAGAUGUACUGUAAUAAGUAAACAAAAUUUGCAAGGUGGUGUCUCGGGGGGUGAGGGAUGUCUUGGUGUAGGGUUGUUCAAUAUCUAUCUGAGAUCUUGAAAAUAAAUGACUGGUAAAACUGACACACCAUAAAAAUUAGUGGGACAGGUCAGUUAUACAGGCCAAAUAGGAUUGUUUGGGAAGGUAGUUUAUUUAAAAAAGAUUUAGUACAGCCCCAUGGAAGGUCAUACAUUUAAGAGAAUAAAAUGCUGACCCCAUAAAGAUGGAAUGCACUGACAGAAAAGGGGUAAUAAAUAUCCAGUUGAUCAUGAGGGCCCACUACAAUAUUGUAUCUAAGCAAGUGACUUUCAAUACUAUCUCUCUGUUCCUGUUUAUCUCAGUCUAGUAAUGGUUUUACUAAUACAACUUCUGGUAGCCAUAUUUCUAAAGGGGCCUAUGAGAAUGAUUUGUUUACUGGAAAACAUACUUUAUAGGAAGGGCUAUGAUGCUCAGAUUAAUCUAAGAGAAGUGACUUGACCAUGAUCCUAACGUAGCUAGAUGAGAUUUCCAAUAGAGGAUGGCUCUCUACCAGAAAAAGGCAUAAUGAAAUCCAACAGUUGCAAGAUAAAGCUAGACCAAUUCAGAGUAGAAACAAGUGCAGAGUUUUAGUACUGAUGCUAAUUAACCAGUGGAAGAACUUGCUUAGAGAAGGGGUAGACUCUUUACCACCCAAAGUACUUAAGUCAAGACUGAUUCAGAAAAUCAUCAGGUAUGAAAUUUCUCAAAGCUUCUUGCCAAAUUACUAAAGAUUAAUGCCUCCCUGUCAUGGAAUUUGGAGGUAGUCCAGUAUUGUUGCUGGAAGCUCUAUGACUAAGUGCUGCUCUUCAGCUCAGACCACCUGUUCUUCCACUGCUGGACAAACAACCAAUUACUAGCACUGAUGAUGUAAAUUAAUCUUAAUAUGUUGGUCUUCCUUUAGAAAUAAAAUUCAAUUUAGAGUUUAGCUAUUUACCAGGUGACCAGUGUGAACUGAAUUUGGAGAGAAGCUGCUAACAGAAAAAAAUUAUCAGGGAAGAAACAGCUCAUUCUGCUGCACAGCUUCUCUCCUCAUUCACUAAUAAUGGUAAGUAGCAAGGAAUGAAUCUCAGAAGUUGGGGGUGAAAGGAUAAGCAGAGUUUAAUUAUAAUAGGCAGGAAUGGAAGUUCCUCUCCAUAGAAAACAAGAACUUUAUAAACCAUGUGGGAAUCAAGCCAGUAACAGUUUUCUACCAAGGCUUUUGCUGCAAAGGAAACAUACUUGUAAAUCUUCCUCAGUUUUCAGAAGGGAGAGAGGUAAAUAGUGGGGUCCCCCCAGGUUCUGUACUGGGACCACUGCUGUUCAACGUAUUUGGAAAUAAGGAUGAUUAUGGCACAGAGGUUUCCAUAACUUCCAGAGACCUCCCUGAUACCUGCUUCAGUCCUGGGGCAGCAGAGCUGGAGCUAUAAAUGAAUCCGGGGCCUCUGCAGCUCUCAGUCACUGAGGGUGGCAGGGGGACCUGGAGUGCCAAGCUAUUAGGGUGAUGGGGGAACAUGCCAGAGCUGUCAGCUGCAGCAGUGGCAGGUGCUGGACACUCACCCUCGCCUGUAGUAGGGUUCAGGCAUUCAUCCCCCCAUCAAUCAGCCUCACAUUUAUUUUUAGUAAAAGUCAGGGAGAGGUCAUGGGCUUAUGUGGAUUUUUGCUUAUUGCCCAUGCCUGUCCCUGACUGCUAAUAGAAAUAACAAUGACAAACUCUUAACCUUAUUCAUGAAUGAAGUGGAAGAAGGAGUAAACAGUGAGGUGGCGAAAUGUCAGAUGAGACAAAAUUA